GCGGUAGUAAUAAUUACUACGUAAUAAUAAAAUACACCGAAAACAUUUGUGUGCUCAGCCCUUAAUAGCUUAAACAAACAAGAAUGCAGUCCGUUAUUGGAAGGAGCCUCCAAAUUGUCCGGCAAUCGGUGCAUCUACGGCAGAUAGCAUCGAUUGCAGCGCUGCCGGAUACACACCAGAUGCUGCAGAAGACGUGCCGUGAUUUUGCCAACUCAGAGCUGGUCGGUGCGAAUGCAGCCAGAUUCGAUCGGGAACAUCUUUAUCCGGCGCAACAGAUUAAGCAAAUGGGCGAAUUGGGCUUGAUGGCAGUGUCCGUGCCUGAAGAGCUGGGCGGAACUGGACUGGACUAUCUGGCGUAUGCGAUAGCCAUGGAGGAAAUCUCGCGUGGUUGCGCCUCAGCUGGUGUCAUCAUGUCCGUCAAUAAUUCCCUGUAUUUGGGCCCAUUGCAGAGCUUUGCCAAUGAUGCCCAAAAGGCGGAAUAUAUUACGCCGUUUGUGAGUGGCGAGCGGGUGGGCUGCUUUGCACUGUCCGAGCCGGGAAAUGGCUCUGAUGCGGGCGCCGCUUCCACGGUGGCAACGGAGAAGGGCGAUCACUAUGUGCUGAACGGGACCAAGGCGUGGAUAACAAACGCCUUCGAGGCGGAGGCAAGCAUUGUGUUUGCCACCACCAACAAGCAACUGAAACACAAGGGUAUCUCUGCCUUUAUAGUGCCCAAGGGCAUUAAGGGCUUCUCGCUUGGCAAGAAGGAGGACAAGCUGGGCAUACGAGGCUCCUCCACGUGCCAGCUCAUAUUCGAAGACUGUGAAAUACCCAAGGAAAGUUUGCUGGGUACGGCAGGCCUUGGCUUUAAGAUUGCGAUGAAAACGCUGGACGCGGGACGCAUUGGCAUUGCUGGACAAGCGCUGGGCAUUGCCCAGGCCUCACUGGAAGUCGCCGUUGACUAUGCCCAGAAGCGUCAGUCAUUCGGCAAACCCAUCUCAAAGCUGCAGGCCAUUCAACAGAAGAUUGCCGACAUGUCGUUGGCUGUGGAAUCAGCUCGAUUGCUGACCUGGCGUGCCGCCUGGCUGAAGGAUCAGAAGAUGUCAUAUACCAAAGAGGCGGCAAUGGCCAAACUGGCUGCCUCUGAGGCGGCUACACUGUGCGCCCAUCAGUGCAUCCAAAUCUUGGGCGGCAUGGGCUAUGUCACCGAUAUGUCCGCCGAGCGACAUUAUCGAGAUGCACGCAUCACGGAAAUCUAUGAAGGCACCUCAGAGAUUCAGCGCCUGGUCAUAGCGGGCUCCAUACUGAAGGAAUACGCCAGUUAAUCCCACUACCAACCCAAUUUUUUCAAUUUUAAUUUUAAGCACAAAGUCUAAAUGCAAAAUCAAUUAUGAUUCUCUAUUUUUAGAUUUUCAAUUUAGUAGAAUUGAGCGAUCAGCAAUUAAAAUUGUUCAUAUCUUUAUAUAUAUAUAUAUAUAUAUAUAUAUAUAUAUAUAGAUGUAUAUAUCUGUUAUUGAGAUUUAUAUUUUUAUACCUUUUCCAAAAUAGAGCAUUUUAAAAGAUGAA